GAGCUUCCUGUGGUUAAUAUGUAAACUACAGCAGAAGGGAUGAAGAUGCCCACAGGAACAUUGGACCCUGAUAAACUCCUGAAUAACUGGACACUUUUCAAAGUAUAAUCCAUUUGCAUUGGUGAAAAUGGACAGUGGGCUUGUUGGUGCUGGAAAACAGCUUCUCCAUGUGGACGUCUAUAUUGAUGAACAUCAACCUUCUAGAGGAAUCCUGGCUCUUCUGAGCAGACUUCGUCCCAACUGGAAGGCACAAGACAUUCAAAUGAAGACGUUCACAGAAGGCAUCACCAACCAGCUUAUUGGCUGCUACGUGGGCUCUCUCCUGGAGCCUGGUUGUGUCUUGGUGCGACUAUAUGGCAAAAUGACAGAGCUCUACGUGAACAGGGACCAUGAGGUGGAGAUGUUUCAGAUCCUCCACGCCCACAGAUGUGGUCCUGAAAUUUACUGCAGCUUCCAGAAUGGCAUCUGCUACGAGUUUGUAAGAGGAACCGUGCUGGAUGAUAAGCUGCUUCGGCAGCCGUCUAUCUACAGAUUGAUCGCCGCAGAGAUGGGAAAAAUCCAUUCGAUCCAGCCAAAAUCCGGUCGGCCGGUCGAACCUGUGCUGUGGACAAAAAUGUCUCAUUUCCUCAAACUAGUGCAGAGCAGUGUCAGCAGCAGUCCAGCUGGGCAGUGGUACAUAAGCAGUUCUGCAGAUCUACAAAAGUUGCCCAGCUUUAAGACUUUGUCACAGGAAAUGGAGUCGCUGAAGAGACACCUCUCUCAGAUUGACUCGCCAACUGUCCUCUGCCACAACGACCUCCUGACAAAGAACAUCAUCUACAACGAAAAAGAGGGAAUGGUGAAAUUCAUUGACUACGAAUAUGCCGAUUAUAACUACCAGGCCUUCGAUAUCGGCAAUCACUUCAACGAAUUUGCUGGUGUGAAUGAUGUUAACUACAACCUCUACCCGAGCUGGGAGCUGCAGAGGGACUGGCUGAUGGCCUAUCUGGAGAGUUACAAGCACAGCACAGGACGUGAGGUCACAGUCACGGAGGCAGAAGUUACGCAGCUCUACAUUCAAGUCUGCAAAUUCUCUCUUGCAUCCAACUUCCUCUGGGGUCUUUGGGCCAUCCUGCAAUCACGUUUCUCCUCGAUUGACUUUGACUUCCAAAGAUAUGCCACUGCACGACUCAACUACUAUUUUGAGAAAAAAGAGGAAUACUUUGGACUGGCAGUGAACUAAUUAAUGCCUCUACUUUUGCAGAAAAGUUAUGUUUCUUGUGUCAAGUGAUGUGGUCCAUAUGUCAGAUGGUGGAAAUGGAAAAGCAUAGAAUAACCUUAUAAAGCCUUAUAAAAGUGCUCCCCAUUGUUUGUUAUUUCAGGCUGUAUAGUGUGAGUUAAUAUGUUUUGCUAUCACUGUGAUUUUUAAAAUAUUUGUUUUACCACAGUCAGUAUGCCGAUAAGCCGAUUUGGCAAAUCGAGAAGAGGCUCAUGCCAGAAAUGAAUUAAUUGUUCCCACAUUUAGCCGAGUCACAUAAAGCCACAAAAAUUGAGCUUGAUCAUAAAACACAUAAGAGGGUUAUUUGCAGGCUUAUUCAGUGUGUACCACAGCUCUGGUGGAAAACAAGCUUUCAUUUCAACUUAUUUACUGUAGCAAGGGCAUUAUUUUAAUGUUUCUCUGCUGUAAAACUAUCAUGUGUGACUUACAGGGUGUUCGUUAAUGUUGCCAUAAAAUGAAAAUUUAAAAGAAAA